AUGGACUUGCGUACUACAUAUGCAUCCACGAAGUUGGAGCCAUUUUACGCUAGCAGUGGUGCUAUAGCGUCUGUUAGCGAGGAUGGAAAGCUGCUAGCGACACCAGUGGUGGACAAAAUCAAUAUUGUGAGCUUGCAAGAGCCCCGGAGGAUUUUGCACUCUAUCGAGACGGACGAUGAGCAAGAUAUCACAGCGUUGCAAUUGACGCCGGAUGGAGAGUACUUGUGUUUUGUUUCGCAAGCGCAAUUGUUGAGAGUGUAUUCGUUGAAAGAGGAAAGAGUAAUUAGGUCUAUGAAGGUUUCGUCGCCCGUUUAUGUGAUGGCAUGCGAUGAGACGUCGACGCUUCUAGCGCUAGGUGGUACUGAUGGUAGUGUGAGUGUGGUUGAUAUUGAGAAGGGGUUUGUGACGCAUUCUUUGAAGGGACACGGCGCGACGAUUUCCAGUGUGAAGUUUUAUGGAGAGUUGAACAGCGAGACGUGGAAGCUUGGAUCUGGUGAUACGAACGGUAUGGUGAAGGUGUGGGACUUGGUGAAGCGUGCGUGCCAGUUUACUGUUCAGGAGCAUACUACUGCUGUGAGAGGGCUAGAUUUCCGUCCAGUUGGUGAUGGUGAUGGGGAGAAAGUGCAGUUGUUGUCUGGUGGUAGAGAUAAUAUUGUGAACUUGUACGAGUUUGGGAAGAGCCAGAAGAAGUGCAAGUUGCUCAAGACUGUUCCUGUGAACGAGCAAGUGGAGUCUUGUGGGUUCACGCACGAGCCGGAAGUGUUCUACUGUGCUGGUGGUGGUGCUGUGUACCAGCUAGUUUCGCUCGUGUCGGGGAAAGUGGUGAAGCAAACCAGGGCCCCAAUUGAAGAGCUCUUUAUCAUCGGGACGCUACCGAUACUGCACGGGACGAAGCAGUACCUAGUGUUUUCGGACCAGACGUUGUUCUUGAUCGAUAUAGAGGAGGCUUUAAGCUCAGACAAUUCAGAGUACAUUGAAGUCGAGGGCAAAAUCGCCGGUAACCACGGUACCAUUGCCGAUAUCAGGUUUGUGGGUCCGAACCUCGACAAGCUAGCGCUAGCGACGAACUCUCCCACGCUAAGAAUCAUUCCAACUCCGUUGUCGAGAGACCCAGAAGAACAAGGAGAUCAAGAAGAGUUCCCUAUCGAGGUGAGCAUGUACGAGCAACACACGGACUUGUUAAACUCGUUGGAUGCUACCAGCGACGGUAUGUGGGUAGCCACUGCAUCUAAGGACCACACCGUGGUGCUAUGGAAGUACUACCGCGACCUGGAAGAGUUUUUCCCGUACGCCAAGUUUGUUGGCCACGUAGGGUCCGUGACCGCUGUGGGGCUCCCACAUGUGAUGCCUCGCCAAUGGCCCGAGUUCGUGCUUACCGCAUCGAACGACCUAACGAUCAAGAAAUGGAGGGUUCCCAAGCCGGCAGCAGCCACAGGGGGUGAGGAGGAAGGUGAUCAGCCAUUGGACGAGCCUAUCGUUGUGAAGACUUCCGAGUACACGAGACGCGCGCACGAGAAGGACAUCAAUGCGCUUUCGAUAGCACCAAACGACUCUGUUUUCGCUACAGCAUCCUACGACAAGACGUGCAAAGUGUGGAACCUCGAUGACGGUGAGUUCUUGGCCACUUUGGCCAACCACAAGCGUGGGUUGUGGGACGUUGCGUUCUGCCAGUACGACAAGCUCUUGGCCACAUGUUCCGGUGACAAGACGAUCAAGAUCUGGUCCUUGGACACGUAUGCGGUGGUGAAGACGUUGGAAGGACACACGAAUGCGGUGCAGCGGUGUUCGUUCAUCAACAAGAACAAGCAGCUGAUAAGUACUGGUGCGGAUGGUCUUGUGAUACUGUGGGAUUUGUCCACUGGGGAAGCCGUGAAGACGCUUGACGCCCACAACAACAGGAUCUGGGCUCUAGCGGUGAUGAACGAUGGAGAGUCGUUUGUGACAGCCGAUGCUGAUGGGUUCUUUGAGUUCUGGAGGGACAACAGCGAGGAAGAACAAGAGCGUAACAUGGAGCAAGAGAAGUUGAAGAUCGAGCAAGAACAAUCGUUACAGAACUAUUUGGCCGAGGGAGACUGGACCAAUGCGUUUUUGCUUGCGAUGACGUUAGACCAUCCAAUGAGAUUGUACAAUGUGCUUAGAAGGACGAUCAACUUCUCGUCCGAGGCCAGUGAUGACUCAAUUGUAUUCAACAAGGAAAUCGAUGAGCUUGUUGGUAAGUUGGACAAGGACCAGAUUCUGAUGCUUGUGAAGAGAUGCAGGGACUGGAAUACGAAUGCGAGAACGCACACUGUGGCGCAGAAGAUGAUCAGGUGCAUUCUACUGAGACAGAACAUCGAAGAGCUCAGCGAGAUUCCUGGUCUUGUGCGGAUAGUCGAGUCUAUAAUUUCGUAUGCUGAGAGACACUACGCGAGGGUGGACAACCUGGUGCAAGACAGUUAUAUUUUGGACUAUGCGUUGGUCCAGAUGGACAAGUUGUUGUAG